GGGCCCCAUGACGCCCGAGAAGUUGCUGCGGGAGGGGGUGCUGGAGAAGCGCAGCGGCGGGCUCCUGCAGCUCUGGAAACGCAAGCGCUGCCUGCUGAGCGAGAAGGGGCUGAGGCUCUUCGAGGCCGGCGGCCGAGGCUCGACGCGCUGCAAGGAGCUCAGCUUCGCGCACGUCAAGGCCGUCGAGUGCGUGGAGUGGAAGCAGCGGCACAUCUACUUCACUGUGGUGACCGACGGCGGCGCCGAGAUCGACUUCCGCUGCCCGCAGGAGGAGCCCAGCUGGAACGCCGACAUCACCAUGGCGCUGGUGCGCUUCAAGAACCAGCAGGCGGUGCAGAUCGUCCGCGCCAGGCACAGCUGCAGGGCCGCAUUUCAACAUGAAACAGCCCCAGCUGGCCAGAUUCUGGUGAAUGGACCAAAGGAGCCCAAUCCCCAGCUCGGUUUGGAAAGAGCAGAGGAGCUGAUGGUUGUGAAUUCACCUGCCAAUGGACAGAAGGCAAUUCCCAGCUGCCACUGACUGUAGACUGGUUAGUUCUGUUCUGUGGCAUCAUUGCUGGGAAGUGACAUGGUGCCUGAAGCAUCUAGUAAAACCUGGAGCACAAAUAUAGCUAGAAUGAGCUUCUAUUUUCUGCUGUGUCUUUGCUAGCCUGCACCAACUGCUGUGGGCUUAUGGAGUGGCUUUUAUACUCUCACUAGCCUUAUCUGUGGUGGUACUCAUCCAUGUAAGGAUGUUUAAGCUAGACUGAAGACACAAUUGCACUGAGUGUGGCGAGAGAAAAUCAUUCCUCCACACAGUUUGGCAGGCAAGCUGAACUAAACUGAACCAUGAGGACUAAGGAGAAGGAACUGAUGCAAGCUGAGCAUGCCAGGUACUAACUGGUGUCAUUGUAGGCAAAAACGAACAUCCCUCCUCAGUAUACCUUGAAGGAGCCACUGCAAACCUGCCACUUUGGUCUGAGUUUUAACUAGAAAGUUGACUGCCAUCUAGAGGUGGAGCCUGAAUAUAACUGUAAGCACCUUAAGAAGAAGCCUCUAUGGGAUGUUUGGUUUCUGAGUCUCCAAAAACAACUUGCCUUUCUGUGGCAUCUUGGAACUUUCUGCUCAGAACAAAAGAAAAAGGACAUCAGUGUCCUGACCUGACUACUUGCAGCUGUAGCUCAGUGAAUCAGAAUGAUGUCGUAUUCCGUGAAAUGUUGAACCCCAGUUGAUCCAUUAUGUUUAAUCUUUUAUUAAUAAUGUUUCAGGACAGUCAACAAUGCACACCUUUGUGCGUUUUUAGAGAAGCUUCAUUUAUCAUUUGGGUUCAUCACUCUUGUAUCUUACCUGACAUUUUGUACAUACCUGACUUGUGGAGAACAUGGGGGUAAGUGCUGAAAAACAGUAGAGGAUGAUGCAUGAGGUUGUACUUGCAGCAGACAAAUUAGAUGAGAAUCGAAGUGUGAGGAUGGUGGAUGCAUAUUAGUUAAAAUGAAGCAUGCCUUGACACAAUGAGUGAAGGAAGUGCAACACAGUAAUAAGUAACUGGUACAUCAGUCUACUUUGCAUUGCUGGAGUAAUCCACUGGAAGGAAGGAGAACAGUGAUAGAGAGAGAGGGGGGAGCCUUAUGUUGUUGUUCUGAAGUACCGUGUUGCAGUUUUGUCUAGUAUGGGGGCAGGCCGGCCAAACAGUAGCACACAUGGCUCCUUGUCUUGGGAUGCAGUUUUCUGGCCAAAGAGCCAAGGGGAGCAGUGCUUCUGGGACUAGGAGCAUGGGAGAAGAUUAUAGGCACCAUUAACACCUUCUGGACCUCUGCAGCUGCCAGCUGGGUCCAAGAUCUGAGCCACUGGUAGUUCUGCUGGGACUUGGUUUGCUCAUAGUGCAUUUGGCCAAGUUUGGUCUCCCCAGCAUCCUUUUGUUUGCCAGCACACUGACACUUUCAUGGAUAGAUGCUGCAUUAUUUUUCAUUGUUUGGGCCUAGAAUUUGCCUAUUCCAAGUCUAGUUCCUUCUUAAAACUGUAAUGUAGACAACUUGGACUCAGUUUCCUGAUCAUUAUGUGAUACUGAAGACUUCAGAGAAGUAGAGAAGGGAGUGUAAUGAAAGCCACACUUGAAUAUUGAAAGGAUGGGGACAAGUGUUAGGAAAAUUGUGCAAUCUUAGUGGCCUAGUCAUUUUCCAGCAAGUAGUCUACAAGCUCACGCUUUCAAAACAAGACAAGUCAAUCUUUAAGGUCCUAAAAUAUUGUAUUUUAUUUUUAAAUAAACAAACAAGUUUAACACAGUUC